CUGCAGAUCAGCUCUGCCUGCUGAGGAACGAGCACCCACUUGACAAUGUCGACUGUAUCUCAGACUGAUACUAAUGUUACUGUUGAACUGCAGAAUCAGGAGUUAUUGAGGACAAUAAUUAUUUCUGGUCUGUCUACACUUCCAACCUGUGUGUUUCUCUUCAUUAAUGGAAUCAUGUUGUUCACAAUGAGGAGUAAACCGGUGUUUCGUGAGACAUGUCGCUACGUGCUUCUAUAUAACCUUCUGUUUUCAGACACUGCACAGCUGGCACAGACUCAAGUUAUUUUCCUGGUAAGGGCUUUUCAAGUACAAUUACCCUUUCCUGUAUGUGCUAUUUUAAUCUUGUUGGUAAAUCUUACAGGCAGAAUCACCCCUCUCACACUUGUCGUGAUGCCUCUGGAGAGAUACAUUGCUGUGUGUUACCCACUGAGGCAUGCUACCAUUGUCACCCUCAGAAACACAGGGGCUGUUAUCAUUGUGAUCUGGGCUGUCAGUUCACUAAACAAUGUGACUCGACUUUUGGUGUUUUUUGAAGUUUUAUCAAACAAUGUGGAAAACCUAGGGGUGAUCAACGAUUGUUCUAAUGUGGGUAUAAUCCUGGGGUCAAAGUCUGAACAAUAUGACACAAUCUACACAUGUUGUCUGUUUGUAUCUGCUGGUGUGGCAGUCAUUUUUUCUUAUGUUGGUGUGAUAGUAGCAGCCAGGUCAGUCUCCACAGACAAAAGUUUAGCCAGAAAAGCUUGUAACACUCUGCUGCUGAAUGUGAUACAACUGAUCCUCAGUCUGUCUGCUAAUAUUUAUAAUCCUCUGAUCAGAGCUCUUUCAAGAACUGUAGCAAGGACAGUAUUUUUGUGGGUCCGGGAUGUAUUUUAUGUUUGCUUUAUUAUCCUCCCCAGGUGUCUGACCUCUCUUAUCUAUGGGCUUAGAGACCAGACCAUCAGGCCUGUCCUCAUAUACUAUUUAUGCUGUCGAAUGAAAACCUCUGUUGUUUAAGCCAGUAGCUGAGAUUUCACGU